CCUAGGACUGAAUAGAACAUCACGAAACAAGAUCAAAAGAAUCCAUGAAUCAGUUCCCAUGAACUACAUAUUCUCUAGAGACAUCAACAUGGGAACUCCACUUCCCAUUUUCCCUCCUUUAUUCAAAACCCACUUACAAUCCCACCAACUUCCACUCUCCUUCUCAAGCUCUUCUUAUAACUUCCAUUCCAACUUCUCCUUGACUUCCCGACUUCCAACCUUUUCGUGAUCAUAUUCAUCCUUCUUUGAAACUCCACUUACAAGUUACAAGUAUUGCUUUUGAUUCUUAAUUCCUUCCGUUAUGAAGGAGAAGAAGAGCUUAUGAACUUCACUUCCAAUAAUUUUCUUUGAAUUUCCUAACGUUUUCCGCUCACUUACGAGUUAGCCUUCAAUGGCAUCUAGCUCUGGCGCGGCCCCGACCGGCGCAAGCAAAGCCAUAGCUCAGUACACUAUGGACGCUCGGCUCGACGCCGUGUUCGAGCAAUCAAGCCUCGCCUUCGACUACUCCGAGUCGACUCGAGCCGCGCCGCCGAACUCAGUCCCUGAACACCAAAUCACGGCUUAUCUCUCCAAGAUUCAGCGCGGCGGCUUCAUCCAGCCGUUUGGCUGCACCCUAGCCGUCUCCGAACACUCCCUCCACGUCAUCGCCUUCUCCACCAACGCUCCCAGCCUCCUCGCCGGCGGCGCCGCCGGCGCCGGCCCAAACCUCCGUCUCGGCACCGAUGUCCGCUCCUUCUUCUCCCCGUCCUCCGCCGUUCUCCUCUCUCGCGCAGCCUCCUCCCGCGAGAUCAGCCUCCUAAACCCUCUCCUCCUCCACUCCCUCCCUUCCUCCAAACCCUUCCACGCGAUCCUCCACCGCAUCGACGUCGGCAUCGUCAUCGAUCUCGAACCCUCCCGCUCCGAUGACACCGUCCUCUCCGUCGGCGGCGCUGUCCAAUCUCAGAAGCUCGCCGUCCGUGCCAUUUCCCGUCUCCAAUCCCUCCCUGGUGGUGACAUCCCUCUUCUCUGCUCCACCGUCGUCUCCCUCGUCCGUGAUCUCACCGCCUAUGAUCGCGUCAUGGUCUACAAGUUCCACGACGACCAGCACGGCGAGGUCGUCGCCGAAUCCUGCCGCUCCGAUCUCGAUCCCUAUCUCGGACUCCACUACCCGGCCACUGACAUCCCUCAAGCCUCUCGCUUCCUCUUCAAGCAAAACCGAGUCCGCAUGAUCGCCGAUUGCAACGCCGCUCCCGUCCCGAUUAUUCAAUCCGAGAGCUUGCCCCAACCUCUCUGCCUCGUUGGCUCGACUCUCCGCGCUCCCCACCAGUGCCACGCCCAGUAUAUGGCCAACAUGGGUUCCAUCGCCUCUCUAGCCAUGGCUGUCAUCGUCAAUGGUGAGGACGUCAUUUCCGGUGGUUCCAUGAAGCUCUGGGGUCUCGUCGUCUGCCACCACACCUCCCCUCGUUGCAUCCCUUUCCCUCUCCGCUCCGCUUGCGAGUUCUUAAUGCAAGCCUUUGGAUUACAGCUCAAUAUGGAGGUCCAAUUGGCUGCCCAGUUCUCAGAGAAGCGAAUUCUCAGAACGCAGACUCUCUUGUGCGACAUGCUCCUCCGGGAUUCACCUCCGGCGAUCAUCACUCAAAGCCCCAGCGUCAUGGACCUUAUCAAGUGUAAUGGUGCUGCAUUGUAUCACAGAGAAAGGUACUGGCCUCUCGGAGCUUGUCCUUCUGAGUCUCAGAUCAAGGACAUUGUGCAAUGGUUGCGCGACAGCCACGCUGAUUCCACAGGGCUGAGCACUGAUAGCUUGGCGGAUGCUGGAUUCCCUGGUGCUGCUGCAUUGGGUGAUGCUGUUUGUGGUAUGGCUGCGGCGAGGAUCAACCGCAAAGAUUUCUUGUUCUGGUUCAGGUCUCACACUGCAAAAGAGAUCAAAUGGGGUGGUGCCAAGCAUCACCCGCAGGACAGGGAUGACGGGCAGCGAAUGCAACCCCGGUCUUCGUUCCAGGCCUUCUUGGAGGUGGUUAAGAGUAGGAGUUUGCCAUGGGAGAACUCUGAAUUGGAUGCUAUACAUUCCUUGCAGCUUAUACUGAGGGAUUCUUUCAAAGAUGAAUUUGAUGAGGCCGGGACUAGUGAUUCUAUGCCACUAGUGAAUGUAGAGAAGCCGCAGGAGCAGCAGCAACAGCAGCAUGGAGAGAUUGAGCAGCUGAGCUCAGUUGCCAGGGAAAUGGUUAGAUUGAUAGAAACUGCAACUGUGCCGAUUUUUGCAGUUGAUUCAGAUGGUAGGAUUAAUGGCUGGAAUCCGAAAGUUGCUGAUUUGACAGGAUUGCCAGUUGAGGAAGCUAUGGGCAAAUCGUUGGUGGAAGACCUUGCAUUUCAAGGAUCAAUAGAUGUUCUUGAUAGGCUUCUUUUCCGGGCAUUGCGAGGCGAGGAAGACAAGAAUGUGGAGAUAAAGCUGAGGGUUUUUGAUUCAGAGAAAUCAGGAAAUCCGGUUUUCUUGAUUGUAAAUGCUUGUGCCAGCAGGGACUAUGCUAGCAAAAUCAUCGGUGUUUGUUUUGUUGGGCAAGAUGUCACUGGGCAGAGAGUGAUGAUGGAUAAAUUCAUCCAUAUACAAGCUGAUUAUAAGUCCAUUGUUCACAGCCCCAACCCUCUGAUUCCGCCAAUAUUUGCUUCAGAUGAGAAUGUAUGCUGCUCAGAGUGGAAUACAUCAAUGGAGAAACUCACUGGAUGGUCAGGACAUGAAAUCAUCGGGAAAUUGCUCGUCGGAGAGGUUUUCGGUAGUUGCUGUCGACUCAGGAGCUCAGAGACAUUGACCAAAUUCACAGUCAUCCUGCACAAUGCAACAACUGGACAGGAAACUGAUAAGUUCCCAUUCUCCUUCUUCAACAGGGAUGGGAAAUUUAUACAGGCUCUGUUGACAGCGAACACAAGAACAAACAUGGAUGGCGAGGUAAUUGGAGCCUUUUGUUUCUUGCAGAUAGCUAGUCCUGAGUUGCAGCAAGCUCUUGAGGUCCAGAGACAGCAAGAAAAGAAAUGUUUGUCUAGAACGAAAGAGUUGGCUUACAUUUGUCAAGAGAUCAAACAUCCAUUGGGCGGCAUUCGGUUUGCAAACUCACUCUUGGAGAGGACUGAUUUAUCUGAUGAUCAGAAGCAGUUUCUCAAGACUAGUGCUUCUUGUGAGAAGCAGAUGAUGAAGAUCAUAAAAGAUGUCGGUUUGGAAAGAAUCGAGGACAGCUCUUUGGAAAUCGACAAAAGUGAAUUUAUGCUUGGAAGUGUUAUAGAUGCUGUGGCAAGCCAAGUGAUAACACAAUUGACAGAAAAAGGCUUGCAACUGAUUAGAGAUAUCCCUGAGGAAACCAAAACCAUUUCUGCUUGUGGUGAUCAGACUCGAAUCCAACAAGUAUUGACUGAUUUUUUACUGAGCAUGAUCUCCUUCGCACCGUCCACUGAAGGCUGGAUAGAAAUACAAGUUAGGACUAAUCUGAAGCAGAACUCCAAUGGAAAUGAAAUGGUCCUCCUUCGUUUCAGGAUCAUGAUCCCGGGGGAAGGCCUUUCGCCGGAGCUAGUUCAAGACAUGUUUAGGAACUCCGGGUGGGUGACCGAAGAAGGUGUAAACUUGAGUAUAUGCAGAAAGAUAUUGAAGUUAAUGAAUGGGGAGGUUCAAUACAUUAGAGAGUCAGAGAGAUGCUAUUUUCUCAUUGCCAUUGAGCUACCUACAACUCCUACAUGAAAUUGUUUUGUCUUUGAUAACAACAUGAAUAAAGCCUUGAUUUGUGGAAAGAAUAUCUUGUAUUGUGUUACACAUCUCUGUUUAUGCCCGGUUUUGUUUUGUUUGUGAAUUUUUGGAAGGGAUUGUAUGCAGUGUUUUAUGAUUAAUUACCUUCUUAGGAAAACAUUCUUAUGUUUUUCUGCUAGUCUCUUAAUUUUAAUAUUUUCUUAA